AUGGAACGUCAAGCCGGAUUCAAUAACUAUCCCAACAAGCUCCCAAGACCAUCAAGCUCUGACUUGGUCAUUCAUCCAAGGAAUGGAUCCAACCCGGUCGCUACCACCCCUGCCACCACAUCCUUAAACACCGUCAUCAACAAUAAUAACAUCACUAAGAAAAACAAUAACAACAAUAACUCAAUUGGGCAACAACAAGCCCCCCAGCCGCCACCAUGUGUAAUUCGUGAGCAAGACCAGUACAUGCCUAUUGCAAAUGUGAUCCGGAUCAUGCGUCGGAUACUCCCUCCACAUGCCAAGAUCUCUGAUGACGCCAAAGAGACCGUUCAGGAGUGUGUCUCUGAGUACAUUAGCUUCAUCACUGGGGAAGCUAAUGAACGUUGCCACCGUGAGCAACGUAAGACGAUCACUGCUGAGGAUGUGAUUUGGGCCAUGGGAAAAUUGGGCUUCGAUAACUAUGUUGAGCCCCUCACUCUCUUCCUGAGCCGUUAUCGAGAGAGUGAGACCGACCGUACUUCAACGCACAAGGAGCCCAUUCUGAGGCAUGGCAUGAUAGACUAUGGGCCGAUGGGGCUUUCUGGGCCUUAUGGGCCAGUUUUUAACAUGGGUCCCCAACAAGGAUUCUUUGAUCCUAUGAUUGGCGGAUACUUUAGAGAUGGGUCGGGUUCAGGUUCAGGUUCAGGUUCUACUGGUGGGUCCUCUUCUCAGGCUAAUCUGCCUGCCUUCGACCCAUUUUCCCAGUUCAAAUGA